UAAUAAAAUUAAGAACUUCGAAAGUAGUUCAAAACUGUAAAGAAUUCUUGAAAGAUAAGCUUCGUCCUAGUAACAUAAUUUAUUUCUAGACAAUAUGAAAGUACUUAUUAGCUUAAUAGUUUUGGUUAGUUUCAGCUCGAUAUCUUAUGGUGCCUAUAACAGUUAUUAUGACAAACACAGUAAUUCCAAUAAUGGACAAGAGCAAUUGGAAUGGUCUGAUUACAGGUAUUCGAUAAGCGCAGGGAGUUGUAGUGGAAGAAAGUUGGUCGAGGAAGACGUUCAAAAAAAUGCUGAUCCCUUCACUAUUAAAAAAUCCACGUAUUCCUGGUUAGGAAGAGGGAUGUUUGUCAUUACUUGCAUUAAGGUAAACAAUCAGAUGCCCAGAGACAGAGAUGCAGGAGAGGCUAGAAUUAUUGAAGGAGGUGUUGGCCAGGGUUCCGUCAAAAUAGAAAUGACAUCGAAAAACUCUAAGGGAUUAUACUUCACGGUUGAAAUCUGGGGCCAAGAAACAAGUCAAUCGUCAGGAAUAGCUGUUCUAUCCAACACUCCUCAAAAAAUAUUAUAUAUGGGUGGAAAGAAAUACUGUGAAUGUUAAAAAAAGUUUUUCUAGUACAGUAAACAGUUAGUAAUGUUUACAAUUUAUUUUGACAAAUGGUUAUCUAAUGUUUGUACACAAUAUAUAAUUUAUCUACGAAAUAUAAUUACAAGUGAACAGAAACAGA